AUGGAACCUGCUAGCCACGAAGAGUUUACCAACAGCAGCACAGAACCAUCCAAAGAUCUGGGCCAGCGGGUUGAAAACAAGGUCCUUGUCGCUUGGCGGCGGCACAUCGUCUCCUUUGGACCCGCCAAAGAACCAUCCGCCGAAACCAGCAAUCACCACAAGCAGAACCAUGAGCAGGUUGUAGAACAGCUCUCUGCUACGUUCUUGCGGCGAGACGUUCAUGUUGACGCCGUCGAUGUCGUUGAAGCUUCCAACGUCGCCUGUGGUGUCUGGGGUGUCGUCCUCACCGCGGCUGAUGACGUUUUCGAGCAGCGGUUCGUGGUCAGAGAGAGGAUUGGCCGGGGAAAGGUGGAUGGGGUCGACAUGUUCUGCUUUGCCGUGUCCGUACACCAGACACUGCCAAAGCAGCACCACAUCGGCCAGGGUGUAGUAGAUGGCCAAAACGAUCAUCGUGGGCAAGACUCCUUGCAAAAUGGCGCCCACCACGUUGAACAGAUCGCCAAGCAGCCAGAGCACCACGAACAUUAG